GAAAAACACUUAGAAAAAUUGCCUUCAUAUGAAGAAUAUAAAAAAUGGGAUGAUAUAGACAUUAAGGGUUAUAGCGAUAAUUACUGUGAAAAUGAUUUAAAAAGCACGAAAGAAGAGGAUAAAACAUUUUGUUAUAAGGUAUCGAAGCACCUAAAAAGAUUAUCUGGUCUAUCUGAUAACGAUCGUAAACAUGGCUGUUUUUAUUUUCAAUACUGGUUCCUUGAUCAAUUAAGGAAAAGGUAUAGUUCUGAUAAUAAAUUUAAUAACAAACCAGUUAGUGAUAAACUUUUUGAUAUAGUGGCAGAUAUUAUUAAAAAAAGAUAUUCUAAUUUGGGAUUUUGUCAAUGUAAUCAAAUAUUUUUGUUUCCGAAAGACUGGAAAGAGGAAAAAGAUUUGUACGAUUAUUUUGAAAAUCACAAAGAUAUUAAAUGUAACGAUUCUGAUAAGUCUAAGUGCGAAAAAUAUGUGAAGUAUGUUACUUAUAUUAAAACUUUAUAUGAACAAAAUUAUGAACGUUGUUGUGAUAACGAAUGGUCAGAAGAACCUUGUAAACCCUAUUUCAAAUGUGAAGAUACGUUUAGUCCUCAGAAGUUAUUAAAUCAAUUAGCAACAGAACUUCAAAAAUUAGGUGAAAAACAGGAGGCGCCACGUGACAAAGGUACAGAGGGAGUGGCAGUAGAUGCUGCGGCAAAACCUGCGCCACGAGCACAUGUACCACAACCUCCUGCACCUCCAGAACCUAAAGAGGCAUUAGAUGAAGAAGUGCUUGAAGUGGCAGAAGAUGAAGUAGCUGAAGAGGGAGAACCAGGACCGUUAGAAGGUGAAGCAACAGUCAUUUUGCAAGAUACAGUACCCUUUAGUCCCCCACCAAUAGAGAACCCUGGAGAGGAUGUUCAUACGGGACAAUAUUAUACUUCUGAGCUUGCAAGGAACAUAGUUCCUCUGACAAUUGCGGAUUCCCCUAAUACAUUAGGAACUACACAUGAAGAGUUAGACUCAAAAUUUUUUCGCAACAUCAUCAUGGCCGUUGCAGUACUUGGAACAAUUUUCUUCCUUUUCUACUAUAACAGAGUAAUUGCACAUUCGAUUUUGUGA